ACACAUUUCCAAUCACUCACUCGGUCACGCACUUGUCAAAAAAAACUUGCCAAACAGCUGCAUAUUUGCAGCAGUUGUUUAAUUUUUCUGGAAGUCUUGCGACUUCCUCGACGUCCUAACGUUUCGUAAAGCUCGCACAGCGCGUUGUUUACUGCACACACAGCAGGCAGAUCCUCUUGUGUCGUAAACAAUAUAUUACAUAAUGCCACUGUUGAGACUUACUUUAGGCACCUUCGGGCAACUGCGUACUUUCGCUACGUCACCAGCCCUCGGGAAGAGGGUGAAGACCUUCGCGGUGUAUCGCUGGAAUCCCGACGAGCCCGACAAGAAGCCGCACACGCAGAAUUUCCAAGUCGACCUGGAUGACUGCGCUCCCAUGGUGUUGGACGCUCUCCUGAAGAUUAAGAACGAAAUGGACCCGACCCUGACCUUCCGUCGAUCAUGCCGCGAAGGAGUCUGCGGGUCCUGCGCCAUGAACAUUGACGGCGUGAACACUCUCGCCUGUAUCAGCCACAUCGACCAAAACCUGUCGAAGCCUACUAAGAUCUACCCGCUCCCUCAUAUGUACGUAGUUAAGGAUUUAGUGCCAGACUUGACCAACUUCUACAAACAAUACCAGUCAAUAGAACCCUGGCUGCAGCGUGAUAAGGAAGCAGCUAAAGGUAAGGAGGUUCAGUUACUCCAAGAUGUUGAAGACCGUGCCAAGUUGGACGGAUUGUAUGAGUGUGUACUGUGUGCAUGCUGUUCAACCAGCUGCCCGUCAUACUGGUGGAACGGAGAUAAGUACCUCGGCCCUGCAGUCCUUAUGCAAGCUUACAGAUGGAUUAUUGACUCCCGAGAUGAGGCCACUGAGAAACGCUUGUCCAAACUUAAGGAUACAUACUCUGUAUACCGGUGCCAUACUAUCAUGAACUGCACACGUACUUGCCCGAAGGGUCUCAAUCCUGGACGUGCUAUUGCACAGAUCAAAACAUUGUUGUCUGGUCUCGUGAAGAAGCAGCCCCCGAUUAUGGACCCUGCUGGUCUGGAGAAGCAAUCUGCGCACAACUAAACAUGGCUGUAAGAUAAGGUAACUACUGUAACUUAUAAAAGUUAGGUUUAGGUAUGGUUAGUGCUAUAACCUGACUGGGUAAACCUACUUAUACAAGGUACUUAUUGUACAUGCAGUUUUAAAUAACUGUUGAACCAUACUGUAAUUUUUUUUUAACUAAAUGCAGUACCACCAGGCAAAAUAUAUUCCUGUUUCUACUUACCAUGUUAAAACAGGAAUAUUUUUCUACUUGCAACAUUUUGUUAUUUUAUUUUAUUUACAAUACCUUAAUAGAAAAUAAUAAUUUACAAUUUUUAACUGACAAUGAAAUUAGAAUAUACUGAUUGAAAUUGAUAGUAUUAUUUGGAUUUUAGAAAGUAUUCAUUUAGUUAUUGUAAUAUUUAUGAAAUCAUUACCUGUAAAGUUACCAUAUAAGAAUUGCGGUCAUGUAUUAAGUGUCACGUGUAACGUAAAUCGGUGUAUUUAUUCCUCAUCAGCAUUUCAUGUACCAUCGCAGCUGAUAUGUUUUAGAAUCUUGUUUUUUAAUAAAGAUGUUUAUUUCAUUA